CGUGUCUCACGUCACAAUCUCAAAAGCAUGCGUUGGCGACCUCCCACCCAUGUCGAAGAUCCUAGGAGUGAGACUCGUGGACGUCUCCCGAAUUUCAAAUUGUUUGCAGUUCUCCUGCCAUCCCUCCGUCGAAAUGCCCCCGCUCAUCAAACGGAGUCGGAAGUCAAACUGGCUUCAGGCGACGCCCUGAUGCACCUGCCCUUUGCCAACCGCUGUGCUAGCUGCACGAGCCCUGGAUGAGAUAUAUAUACGACGGCAUCGCCAACAUGCCGACCUCACUUUCGUCACUUCCUCCUAUUCCUCUUCACUUGUCCGAUCCGUCCCUGCGUAUGCUCAAGCCACAUGCCUCGCCGAAAGAAGUUUACCACUGUCAACCUGAGUUCCGGGGGUUCAUACUCCGGCCAUACUACUGAUGACGUCUGUACACUUGACGUCCUCGCCCGGAAAUAUGAGGAGGCCUUGUUGGAAACCCGUCCCACGACGCUGUAUGCACCGAAUACUAUCUACCACGUUGACCGCAUUCAGCGCCUCUUCGAGGAAUACUGUGACAAGUUCCAGCUUGAUCCACAAGAGACCCUGCGCGAGUGUGCCACGGCUCGGAUGGAGAACUUCCUACAUUGGUUGCUCCGGACGUACACGAUCAAGAAAACCAGUACACUGACGACCUACUGGCGGCAAUUGAGUCAGCUGUACAUUAUGUGGACACAGCGUCGAAUGGACCCGGCUGUCAUGAGGCAAAUCUUCGUGGUACGUAACACAGGGAAUACUGUAUACCGCCAGACCGCUGAAGCUACAGUUCAUUGAAGGGCCAUUGACGGAAGAAUAUGGCCUGGACAAUGAGGAGAUCGAGAAGCCUCUCAUGGAGGCGGACGAUUUCGUCGAGCUCAUCCGUUACCACUGGGCCUCGGAUAUCAACUGGUUUCCCAAUGAACGGCAACGACUCCAGUUGGCGGCGAUUCUGUUGCUGGCAGC